CUCUCUCCCCGCCUCACCGCAGACUGAUUGACGCUCUGGGGGCCGCGUUCGGGCUCCUGGCCCGGGAGACGCAGACAAAGAUGGCGAUCCUGGAGGGACACCGCUCGGGGCCGCACGCCCCUCACUACCACACCCUGCAGGCCAUGGUGGCCUUUGAGCUGCGGCGCGGCCAGGUGGGGCUCCGGGUGCUGCCCCCGGACCAGCCCCCCUCGGGGAGCCGGACCCUGCUGCGCCUCCACCGGGCCCUCAAGUGGCUGGAACUGUUCCUGGGCAAGCUGGGCCGCAGUGGGGUGGAGGAAGACCCCUCCCAGCUGUGUGCCGAGGCCUACCAGGCAGCCCUGGCCCGGUACCAUGGCUGGUGGGUGCGGCAGGCGGCCGAGCUGGCCUUCCUGGCCCUGCCCUCGCGCCGGGAGCUGUACGGGCUCGUCUGUGCCGAGGGGGAGAAGGAGGCCCGGGCCGUGCUCCUGGACGCCGUCGGCACCAUCGCCAGGGUGUAUAACAUCACCCAGCAGCUCUACGCCACCCACGGCCUCUUGGAGCUGCCCUGAGCGGCCGCCGGGGGGCGCCGAAGAGGACAAGUUGGGGGGCACCGGGUCUGCUCAGCCUUAGGGCGGGGACUGGCUGGCUCAGGGGGGCUGGGAAUG